GUCGCCAGGGUCGUGGCCCCCAUCAAAAACACUUUCGUGGCCUCGUCAGCAGUGAGCACUCCUCCCGACGAGGGGCCUGGUCCGAUGUCGGGCCUGAGGAAUUAGAACCCAUGGUCAACCACUGGGUCAAGGAUCGACUCGAUGAGAUCUGGGACCUGAGUUAGCGCUCGAUCUCGGAAGAGUACAGAAGCAGCACAAGUCAUAUGAAGAUUACCGACCUUGAAGGACCCCCACCAGCACCAUCAUCAUCACCCAAUAGAGCAAAGCACACGCAACGGGACAAAGCAUGGUGACUGCAUGAAAGAGCGUCGUGGCCUUUGUGACAGCGAGACCGUUUAUGUUGCCUGGUCGCCAGUCCUCCUUUGCUGCAGCCAACAAAGAGCAAAGAUCAAUGGAGCUCUGCUAUAUAAGCCUCGUUAGCCUGCACUUUCGGACCAAGAGAGACCACAACACCCUACUCUACUCUCCGCGUCAGACAGUCACCAUGUCGAACUCUAAUUGUGAUCCUGGUUCUGAAAGCGACUCUGGCCUUGAGCAGCUCCAUCAAAUAGCCGAGGGUGGAGUGGAAACAUGCAUUAUGGAGGAAAUCCCAAUCCUUGGCAGCUCCGAUGACGGUAGCAUGACCAGCGAUGGAGUCCAUGUAGUCGUCGUUGUCGAGGAGAUGUCCGGCGCGUAUGCAGAGCCGGAACCGAGGGACUCGCUCCUGACCAUGGAUUCUCCGCCACCAGUGACAUUUCCCGUCCCAGAGGGAAAUCCCUUGCUGGAGUCUAACGUCUCCUGCCUCCUGCAUAGUCAUGGCAUUGGCAACUUCCUCGCCGGUGAGACCGCCCAGAGCAUCCUAGGCUCGCCGAUUCUCCCACGGUUCUCCGCCUGGGGGGUCUCCGAUCAUCAGAUUGAUCAGGCUGCCACGGUGCUUCGUGAGGCCAAGUUCCCCGAAUGCAAGGACUUUGGACCUUCGCCGCCAGGGGGGAAGAAGAAGAGGCCCCGCUGUCACGCAUUGAUUGACGGGCCGGUUUGGCGCGAACAGUUCCCCAAGCCGAUCCAUCAUUUCCACACGGAUCAUCGAUACCCCACCAAGGCCUGCCAUUCCGAUUCUGCGCAGACCCAAGGCAUUUUCCUUUAUCGUCAGUCGCAGCUCCUGGACCCGGACUACCCCGACCCCCCGGCGCACCCUCCCACACCCGAUGAUCCAUAUUACACCGUCACCUGCCAUCGGGACCUGCCCGAGAGAUGCUCACGCCAGUCCCAUAUCCGGCUGAACUGCCGGGGCCGACAGAGCCCCGAGUAUUACCCCGUCACAAUGCUGCGCCCCGAGCGAUACGCGCACAAUCUGGUGUACCUGAUGCUACGGGACCUGGGGUACUCGGCCUAUGCUUGGUGGGAAGACGAGUUCCGCUCCCUGGUGACUUUCAGUUCCCUGGGCGGGACGCAGCACGAGCUGGCUUGGAUUCGAGGUGGCCCCUGGGUGCAGCAUGUGUCGGAGGGAAGCAUCCGGGACUGGAUGGCACUGAACAGGAUUCCCGGCAAUCUCUCCAAGAAAGAUGCAUCGCGGCGUCGAGCAACAAUCCGUUCCCGGUUCGCGACAUUAUACCGGGAGAUGCAGAGCGCCGGACGACUCGGCCAGCCGCUUCUCUCCCCCAUCGACGUAGAGGAGGGGACAAGCCAGAGUGACGUUGAGGAUUUGCUUGCGCGAUGGGCAAAUGUCAGCCCCGUUAAGAACGAGGACCCGGACGAGGACUGGGCAAAAUCGGAUCGAAGUGGGAAUUGUGAGGUGAUGUAAGGUUGUAGUGGUCAGGUGAGGUAGUCCGCCAGUUGCCCUAACAAUAGGAAAUAAACAUGAAUAAAAUCUACAGUGUAUCAUGGGUAUAUUCUGGUGCAUUCUUUUGUGUAUGCAAGUUGUACGGAGCCG